AUGAAGGAUAUCCCUACGACGGCACCUAAUGCUGAAACUUAUUCAUCUGAAGAUUCUAUGGGACCAGCGAUUGAUGGACCACCGUCCCCUGAACGCAUACGAGCAUACACAGAACAGAUGAAGAGGAGCUCUAUUUUUGGCAAUAAUUCCAGAACCAACACGUUCUCUACGUCUUCUGCUUCCUCCUCCUUUCGCUCAUCGACAUAUGCUUCAACAGAAUCAGCGAGCUUGUCAAGGAAGUCUUCGGGCCGCUCUACUAAAAGCAGAAUGACAUUGUCGCGUUCAGAACGACCUGAAAGUACUCAACUCUUUGGUUCGAUCUUUUCGAGAAAUGGAAGAAGAACGAAGCGAGCGAAUUCAAUCGUUGCAGGAAUUGCGGAAGAAGAGAUAACGAAAGACCAUGGAAGGUCAAACAAUCACGGACGAGGGACUCAGACGAAGGGACGACAUCAUAUCUCUGCACCGUACAACUUCCAGCACGUUACGCACACGCAUCGAGAGAAUAUGCCAAACCUCCACACCAGUCAUACAGAGCUGCAGUCCGAGUUCUCUGCGCUUCGAGCGUCACAACUACCUACACAUGGAGAGCUGAAGGGUAUCAAAGCACAAAAUCUACACUUUGAGAACUUCUCAUCCGAAGCGUUGAAUGUUUUGGCCGAGGAAGACGAGCACCCAGUUUCUGGUAGCUCAUUGUCUAAAGUCAUGCAUCGCAGGUCGUCACGUCCUCCAGUGUUGCAACGUACUGUCUCACACACCAAGUCGCAUGACAAUCUGCGGGCCGCUCCCCCACGACCACUUCGAUCGCCACUGUCGCCAAAGUGCCCACUGGAACUACCCGCGAGAACCUCGUCUCGAACUGCCUCGGUCUUGUUCGACACAUUUGAUCCAUUGGCUACCACCACUAUUGACCGGCCACAAACCAGUGGAGGAUUUCGACGCCCAGCACCAUUUCUCCCACUUCCAUCAUCAGAAGACGCGAAUUCAGACGCGUCUCAAGGUGUUGUAUUGGAGACUGACGAUCAAAUUUCACAUGCUCUCACAACGCCGGGCAAUGAGGCAUGGCCAUUGACAGCCUCAUUGAAUGGUAGCUUUGGUUUCGAGCUUCCGGACGUCAAGGAGGAAGAAGAAGCUGCUCCAAGAAACUCUAGAACCAGCUUUGAAUUGAGAGCAUCCAAGUCAACGCCCGCUCUCCGAACAAAGGCUCAAGAACAUGACGCGUUUAAUAUUGAGCUCCCUGCUCUGAUGCAGACUUCCUCAAAAAUUGCGCGUCCACUGUCGCCUGGAUUCCGACUCCAGGACGAUUCGUGGGAAGAUGACAUCGACUACUGUUACGAUCAUGAAAUCGAGGCAGAUUGCGACUAUCAGUGGGAUCGAUGUUCUAUGGAUGAUUCUACUAUCGUAGCCGGGCCUCCUUUGGCAUUGCAUCUCGGAGACGAUGAUCGCGCUGUCUAUACCGGUCGCUUCCGUCCCUCGUUGCUCAUCCCCUCCGCCUUUGACGUUCCUGAGUUGUCGCCCAUGUCGAACACCUCUGCGAAUUCUUCCAACCCACGCACCCCUCAAAACUUCGGCCGCGUUCGAUCCUUGUCUCAAGCUUCAUCUUUCAAAGAAUGUCAUGGCUUCAACUUGUCGCCUACCCUUCUCAUUCCUGCUGAUUUCCAAGCUCAGAUGGAUCUGGAAAGUUAUGACACGUACAAUGAUCAUUUCGAUAAAGACACAACCUCUGCAACGAUCAUCGACCAGGAACAUUACCAGACACCCAACUCACCAAUUGAUGAGACUGCUUCAAGCGUCGUGUCUUAUCGCUCAUCCGACUUCUCACGUGUUUCAGCACGCAGCUCGUCAAGCACUCGACUUUCUUCCGCGACCUCACGGUUCAGCGGAGACGCUUACAGAAGUAUCAGCUCAUCGUCUUCCCUCCCUGAUCUCAUUACCUCGAGUCUUAACAAGCAUGAAGUGUCCAGUGAGCAGACAGAUGAUGCGGCAAAUUCCUCUGAAGCGCACUCUGUGAUCAACGACACAGUCAAAUCAAAGCUGCUAGCGGCAGAACCCACACCUCUGCAAGCUGAAUCCAAGCCUUUGUCGCAGUCUCUUCUUACCGUCAAGACACCAGAGGUUGGAGGCGUGAACGGCAAAGCAUGUCUCAGCCCUGUUGCUGAGGUGUACUCUGAGGAGCAGAUCGCAACACGUGCGCAACUUCACGGCAGGAAAACCUCGGCACCCGUCACGUCGACCAUGAAAGACUUCAUGAGUCGACCAAGAGCAGGAACCUACAACGCUACUGCCACCAUCAUCGGUGGCAAGAAGAGAGGAAGCUACACGCUAUUUCCUCAGAAGUAA